AAAAAAACACAAGAGGCGAAAACCAAUCUAGAAGCGAAACCACCAUGGAUAAAUGAGAGAGAGAGAGAGAGAGAGAGAGAGAGAGAGAGAGUUGUAAAUCUGCAUUUCUCAUUCUACAAAUACCACGAGGCACAGGCACCUUCAAAAACCUCUACCAAAGUAAUUUGAUAGUUUCUGUUUUAGAAGAUAAGGAGAAAUGGAAUCGACGGAGUCGUCUUACGUCUCAUCACCGGAGCAACCGCAGAAGAGAUCUCCUCCACCGCCUGCAUCGCCGCCUUCAGAUUCAGAAGAGAAGCCGACUUAUACCAGGUUUCUCGUGUCAAAUGCGGCAGCUGGUUCUGUGAUUGGAAAGGGUGGUGCAACAAUUACUGAUUUUCAGUCACAAUCUGGAGCGAGAAUUCAGUUGUCGAGAAAUUAUGAGUUUUUUCCGGGAACAUCUGAUAGGAUAAUUAUGGUAUCUGGAGGAAUUGAUGAUGUGUUGAAGGCCGUGGAACUUAUAAUUGCUAAAUUGCUCAGUGAGAUUCCCGCUGAAGAUGGAGAUGAAGCUGAACCAAGAAUGAGAGUGAGAUUGGUUGUUCCAAAUAGUGCUUGUGGUAGCAUUAUUGGGAAAGGAGGGUCCAUUAUAAAGUCAUUUAUUGAAGAGUCCCAUGCUGGCAUCAAGAUUUCUCCUCUGGAUACCAAAUUUUUUGGAUUGACUGAUAGGCUGGUUACAGUAACAGGAACUCUAGAGGAGCAAAUGCAUGCCAUUGAUUUAAUUUUGUCUAAGCUAACCGAUGAUCCUCAUUACUCGCAGACUAUGCAUGCUCCAUUUUCAUAUGCAGGUGUUUUCUUCUCUGGUUUUGACGGUAUUCAAUAUGCAUGUGUGCUUCCUUAUGUUGCUACAGCAGCGUACAAUUCAAUGAACCAUGGGCCGAAUGGGGCUGCAGUAAAGUUUCAGCAUAACAAGGAUGAUAUUACCAAUUCUGUGACCAUUGGUGUUGCUGAUGAGCAUAUUGGAUUGGUUGUUGGUCGUGGAGGAAGAAAUAUAAUGGAAAUUAGCCAGACUAGUGGAGCCAGGCUAAAAAUAUCUGACAGAGGUGAUUUCAUGUCUGGAACAACUGAUAGGAAAAUUACAAUCACCGGAUCACAGAGGGCCAUCCGUGCUGCUGAGGACAUGAUAAUGCAGAAGGUAUCCUAUGCUUCUGAGAGGGAGACAGAUUAGCCAUCGAGCAUUCUGAAUUAUUCUCGUUGCAAAUUUUUCUGUGGACCUUGCAAUUUCUUUGUUUAUUUGGUGUUCCCUGAAUUUAGUAAGCAAUUCAAAAUCUGUGAUGGAAGGAGGAAGAAGGAAUGAUUCUUCAGGUUUCUAUAGGAAAUCCUUCACAGGGUACAAAUUCUGUUUCUGGAAACAGUUGUUGGAUUAGGCUAUUUUAGCUUGUCUGAUUAUUAGAUUUACCCAUGUUUAUCUCCUUGAUACAGUUGUAACUUUUAAAUUAUUACAUGUUUUACGUCUGAUAUGUUUUCAAAGGAUACUUCGCUAUAGUUAAAAUGGAAAUUUGCUGAACCAUUUCCUUGGACA